ACAUGGCUGACCAAAAAAAUACAAACAUGGAAGUCGAAGAGGAAAAGGAUAAACCUUGUGCUAACAAAGUUAAUCCACUCGUUGAUGAGAUUACCCAGAGAACAGGCAACCAGAACAAUGUCGAAGGCAAGAAGGGCGCCAGUGAGAGCCGUGCCACGUCGGAGUACUGCGAGAAGCUGCAGGCGUGGAUGUGGCAGUACUACACUGGAUAUGUGAACUGGCAGAGCUGGCUGGCAGCGUCAGCCAUGUCCUGCCCUCAUUAUUUACAGUCAUCCAGCGGGACGUCGACGACAUCUCUUGAUUUCAACUCCCAGCACUGGUACAAUAGUCCGUUUGGCCUUCCGUUGUCGCCUUACCCACCUGCUGCCGUCGCCGCCCCAAGCAGCCGGGUAGGUGAAGCUGCAGGCGGUGCUGCGGUGCACGGUCAGCCGCAGCAGCAGCCGCAGGAGAAUGGAAAUGCACAGAGACCAGGUCGAGAGUAUAGCAUUCCUUCACCUCUUCAGAGACUCAUGGCUGAGAUGGUGGAUUUCUUCAUUUUGUUUUUCAUCAAAGCAACCAUAAUCAUCAGUAUUAUGCACCUCAGUGGAAUCAAGGAUGUUUCCAAGUUCGCAAUGCAUUUCAUCGUGGAAGAAAUAGAUGAGGACACAUCAAUGGAGGAGCUGCAGAAAAUGAUGCUUGUUGCGCUGGUGUACCGGAUACUAGUGUGUUUUUAUGAGAUUGUGUGUAUCUGGGGAGCAGGAGGAGCCACUCCAGGGAAGUUUCUCAUUGGACUCAGAGUUGUUACAUGUGACUCAUCAGUUCUGGUUCAGCCGAACAGGGUGCUUGUAGUGCCAGCAACUAAUGUCUCUCUGUCUGCAUCAACUGUCCGAGCUUUGAACAAGAACUUUUCAAUAGCCUUCUUUUUCCCGGCCUUCAUUACGCUUCUGUUCUUUCAGCACAACCGGACUGUGUAUGACAUGGUAGCUGGUACAAUUGUUGUCAAGCGCUCCAGGGCCAGAUGACGCUGAGGAGCCCACAAUAGAGUCCUAUAAUAUUGCUGAGAAGGUACUGUGUGAUGUUUUUUUGAAAAAAAAAAACUGCUGGCAGAGCUCCUCAGACGCCGCCCUUUUUUAAGGCAUCGUCUGAACACGCAGGAGCUUUAAGAUACUGGCAGAGAGGUUACGACACAUCAGUAUGAACUAUUUGAGUUCCCUACAACUUGGGUUUGACACAAAAUGUAUUUCUGCAUGUAUGCCGACAUGCUGCUUUCAGAAUCAGUUCCUGUGCCAAAUGUAUGUCUCCUCUGAAGACAGGAAAAAUAAUAAUAUGCUACCUUUUCAUCAACACAAGAUUUGCCUCUUUUUAAAUAAUUUUCCUGAACUAAGGGUGAAUGUCUUGUAUCACUCAGUAUUUAAAUUGCUAAUCAUGCGUACACAAGAUUAUUCCUGCAGUAUCUUUGUAUUAAAAGUUUGUCCUAAGAGUUGUAUGCUCAGAUUUUUCAAUUUUGAGUUGUUGACCUCUAUCACUGUAAGAAUGAUGCAUCAUACUCAGCUUUUCAGCUGCUGUAAUACUCUGGUUUAAAGGCACAUUUUAAUGUAUUGAAGGGAUAAACCUGAACACAGUUGCUCUUCCUUUGCUCUUGACAGCAUGUGUGACUGAAAAGUUAAUGUAUUAUGCAUUUCAUGUGAUUAACAGUUUUUUUUUUUGAUUUAAGAUGAUUAAAUGAA